AUGGAGACAGAGGAACAAUCGGAGCUCUGCUUUCCACAACUCAUCAACAUCUCCUGCAGGAAGCCCAUGUCUCAUUGGUCUGACGGUGUUCUUUUGAGUGUUCUGCUGUAUAUCAUCUGCGUCUUCACUGUGGUUCUCAACCUCCUGGUCAUCAUCUCUGUCUCCCACUUCAGGCAGCUCCACACUCCCACCAACCUCCUCCUCCUCUCUCUUGCUGCCUCCGACCUUCUAGUUGGCAUCCUGCUGUGGCCUGUCGAGAUCUACUUGAAAACGUCCUGCUGGAUCCUUAGUGAUAUUCUGUGUUCUUUGUAUAAUUUCUCAACUUUCAUAGUAACGUCUGCCUCAUUAGGAAACAUGGUGCUGAUAUCAGCGGACCGCUACGUUGCUAUUUGUGAUCCUCUGCAUUAUAACACCAAAGUCACUGUGAAAAGAGUUCAACUUUGUGUUUGUCUUUGUUGGUUAGUUUCUCUCCUAUACAGCAGCAUCAUUCUGAAGGAUGAGCUAACUCAUCCUGGGAAGUAUAAAUCAUGUCAUGGAGAGUGCAUCAUCUUUAUUGACUAUUAUGCAGGAAUUGUUGACGUUGUUGUGAGCUUCAUCCUUCCUCUCAGCAUCAUCAUCACUCUGUACAUGAGAGUGUUUGUGGUUGCUGUGUCUCAGGCCCGAGCCAUGCGCUCUCAUGUUACAUCAGUCAAAGUACAGCAUUCGGUCACCGUAAGACCAAAGACAUCCGAGUUGAAGGCAGCCAGGACUCUUGGUGUCCUGGUCCUGGUCUUCCUCAUGUGUUUCUGUCCUUAUUACACUGUCAGUCUCACAGGUGACCGCUUGAUAAGUGCCAUAUUUGCAACACAUGUGCUCAAUGUGUACUAUCUCAACUCCUGUUUGAACCCAUUGAUCUAUGCCUGGUUUUAUCCAUGGUUUAGAAAAGCUGUUCGCCACAUUUUCACCCUAGACAUACUGUUGCCUGGCUCCUGGGGUGACAACAUACUGUUGACUAAUUGA